AUGCACAGAGAGCAUAACACAAUUCAUGCCAGUUUCCACGAAAAGCAAAGUUUCCCAAUCGACGAAUCAAAACUUCCAAAUAUAAUACCAGAUUACCAGAAGAUCUCGCAUUCUUUCCCUAUCCUAAUAAUUCACGCCAAAGAUCCUAAAUCCAAUUCACGAAUCAUAAACGGGAAUCUCGCGAUUCUUUCUGACUCUGUCUAUCCAUAUAUCUCUUCUACUGGAAAUUUUGAUAUACAAGAGUCAGCUGAAUUCUUAUGGAACGAUGAAGAAGUAGAUGUUAGAGUUGAUAAUCUGACUGAUAAGAUUAGAGCAGGGAGUGAUUUGGAAGACCAUCUUUGGGAAUCUGUUGAGGCUACUGAGAAUAUAGAUGAGAACAGUUCUCCUAUAGAAUUUGAUGACUCUGCCCAACAGUCGUAUGAAGACACUACUACUACUAAUGUCUAUAUGCAUGAAGAUGAUCUACUUUGCAGUCAGCCUUCUAAUAUAGACCUCAAUAUUAGUACACAAGAGUAUCUACAAAAAACUAUGGGAUUACUGUCACAAGAUUCAGUAGUUACUGGGUUUCCUACAGAGACAUGGGAUGCCGAAGAAAACAAUCACUUCUCAACUCCGAAGACUUCGUUUGUCAAAGAAGAUUUGUUGCCACCGAUAAAAGUUGAAAGUCCAGAAAUACCUGCUCUUCCCGUACGUGAGAAUUGGACAAGAAAACUCUUUACUGAUACAGAAAAAACAGAUAAGAGAAGGAAAAAAGACAGAGAUGAUUCAUUGGUGUUUGUUUCCGAGAAGACUUUCACCAAACUAAUGGAAUGGUAUAAGAAGAACGAGAAAUUAAAGAUAGGUCCAACUAUUAUUAACAAAAAAUUACUUGACCGAGUUCUGCAGCCGAGAGAAUGGCUUGGCAAUGAGGAAUAA